AUGUCUUCUAAAACACCUAGCAAAAAUCAAAAGGGAAACAAAAACAGCAAACCUGGAGAGAAAACAGAUGCUGACUUAAUACAGGAACAAAAGGAGGAAAUUAAAAAAUUAAAACUACGCAUUGAAACGUUAGAAAGGUAUAUGGUAUUAAGAUCUGAACAAACGCAAAAGGCAAGAGCCUCCGAGAUGGAAAUGAAGUCAAAAUUAUCUCAAUUGGAUGAAGAUUUUGAAAAGGAAAAGAUGGAAAGAUUUCAUAUUGCCUCGGACAUGAUUAGACAAUACAAAGCUCUGCAAAAAACUUUAAUUGAAAAAUUAAAUACGAGUGAGCAAAAGAAUACCUCUUUAGCAGAUCAGUUACAUCUUGCUAAAGUUGCUCUUCAUGAAGUUAAGAAGGAAAAAGAUCAAAUUAUUGAAUUAAAACAAAGAGAAAUUGAAGAACAAAAACAGAAAAUGCAAAGUAUGGUUGUUGAAUUUAGUAAUAUGUUGAAAGAAACUCUUGCAAAAAUGGGAAAUACUAUUCAACAGGAAAGAGAUUUACAAGAUGAUGCUGCUUAUAAUUUGGUAAAUAAUUCAAGACUAAUGGAUUUUAUUCCUCCAGAAAUGAUAAACUCAUUGAAAAUGGGAGCAACUAAUUCAAAUCCACCCACUUUACAACAAAAUACAGUAGUUGGUAAUAAUGCUCCUUCGGUGACUAUUCCUCCUUCCAAUAAUACACUGUCAACACCACAAUCUAAAAUGUCAAGAAGAUUCGAUUAA